UUAGGUUAUAUUUCAUAUGAUACUUCUAUCUACCUAUUUUCAAUCUCUCUUUUUCUCUUUCUGUGAAUUUGUUUAAGAGUAUUAUAUCAAAGAAAUUAAAGGUGUUGCUAUUAAUUGCUUUGCAAAUCGUAUCUACGGAGCAGCCUAUGUCCUCUGACUCUCAAUCAGGUGAUUCAAAAUCUUCGUACAAACCAGAAAAGCUUUCUGUUUGUAUGCAAUCAUAUAAUAUGGACUAUCAAGGACACUUUGAGCUAGGUUUUGGCCAGCCACUGGGCCGGAUUAUGCUACCAUUGAAUUUGACCUCUGAUGAAAGCCCAAUAUUUGUCAAUGCCAAGCAAUAUCAUGGGAUACUUAGGCGUAGAAAACUCCGCGCAAAGGAAAUGGAGAAGAAAUUACUUAAACCGCGCAAGCCAUUCUUGCACCUCUCGCGCCAUCUUCAUGCCAAGCGCCGACCUAGGGGAGGUGGGGGCCGCUUCUUGAACACGAGGAAGAUGAAUGGAAGUAUCAACGAUGAUGCAAAAGGUACAACCAAGACUAGCAACACGAAAUGCCAUACCACUGGAUCACAAAAUUCUGAAGUUCUACAGUCUGAUGUAUUCAAUUUUAACUCAACAAAGGAAAUAGCUAACAAUAUGUCCUCUGUUGAGGCUUUUCUUGAUAUAAUAAAUACUGGCCAUGAGAUUCUCAUAGCCAGUGAGUGGGGUCCGCAGCAGCAGAUAGCUGCUGCUAAAACCUGAGAAUUUGAUGACUUUGCAUCCUUCCUACAACCAAAUUGGAGGUCUAUAGACUCUGGUUCCUAGUUCCUACGCGAUUUGGUUGCUAGAAUAGGCAAAUCAUCCUUGGCUAUCCACAUUAAGGUUGCUUCUACAUAUCAUUCCAUGUAGCUAUCCAGGUAGCCACAUGGAUGUUAUGAAGCGCUAAAACCUUAAUGCACUUUUUAUUAUAGUAGGACGUAUAUCCUAUAUGUAAAUAAGUUCAUCAAGGUUCAAAUUAUCGAGUUUGUGAUGUUGUGUAAAUGUUGGCUUGUACAAAAGUAUGAUUUAGUAUUUGGUGUGUUUGAGACUGGACUUGUACUAAGAUGGAAAUGAAGUGUUUAUGAUUAAAGUA